AAGCAUACAUAUAUAUACACAGCCAUUCUAUUACUUAUUAAUUUCACCUUACAUUUUUUUAUUUCAUUUUUCUUUAACCAAAAAAAAACAACUCAGAAAAAAAAUACACACCUUCUCUCUCUCUCCCGAGCAUAGAAAAACCUUUCUAACUCCUAAAAUCUCAAAACGCAAACAGAAAUAAAUGCUUCAAACCCUAAUUUUUUGUUCAUUUCUUGCUAUUAAAGUAUCGAAUAUCUCCGAUUUACAUCUAUGAAAUGUGCUUUUUAGAGAACGAUUGAGAGAUACUAUUCAGAUUCUAUUGAUUUUGAGCUUAUUUUUUCGUUUUUGGAAGAUUUGUAUAUUUUUUAUAGGCGGUUUUGAUGAUAUUGAUGAAGAAAGUGUUUCAUCAAUGGGAGAGGAUCUUACUCCUCUCGUUACUCUGUUUUACUGUGUUCGCUCCUCUAUUGUUCGUCUCUACUAGGCUCAAAAAUUUCAGUCCAAUCGGGAAGAAAGAGUUUGCUGAAGGUUUAUCAGCUCUCGUGCAUAAUUAUAGACCAGGAGCUGGAAAACUUGAAGUGAUUGAGCAGGAAGCAGGUGAAGAAUUGAAAGGUCCAAAGCAUGUUUACGAAGAGAAAGAUUUGGGUUCUGCAGUUGCUUACAGCUCUACUGAUGUAAAAACUGAUUUUAUCCAUCUCGACAAUGGUGGACAGACAAUUUAUGAUUCUAAAAAAUCUGAGAGUGCUGGAACUAGCCAUGAAUCAAAAGAAAAAGAUAAGCUCAUUCAACAGAAAACGGUAUUAGCCAAGUCAAAUGAACAGUUUCAGUCCAACCAAACUGUAGUGCAACAUGAUCUGAAUGUGCACUCUCCAACUCGGAGAGCUAGAGAUGAUAAGGUAGAAGAGAUGAAAGAUCAGCUGAUUAGAGCCAGAGUCUACUUGAGUUUUGCACCACCUGGUAGUAAUUCUCACUUAGUAAAAGAGUUGAGAUUGCGUAUGAAAGAAUUAGAACGAGCUCUGGGUGAAUCCAGGAGGAACUUAGAUUUGUCAAGGAGUGCUCAACAGAGAAUGAGAUCCAUGGAGGCUACUUUGUCCAAAGCAAGUCGUACUUACCCGCAUUGCUCUGACAUGGCAAUGAAGCUUCGUGCCAUGAAUUAUAAUGCUGAAGAACAAGUUCAAGCACAGAAAAAUCAAACAACAUUUCUGAUUAACCUUGCUGCUAGAACUACACCAAAAGGCCUUCAUUGCCUAUCUAUGCAACUAACAGCUGAAUACUUUUCGCUUCCACAAGAAAAGAGGCAGUUCCCUAACCAAAAAAGAGUGCAUGAUAAUAACCUCCAUCAUUAUGCUGUAUUCUCUGACAAUCCUCUGGCUUGUGCUGUGGUUGUGAAUUCAACAAUCUCUUCUUCAAAGGACGCAAAGAAAAUUGUUUUUCAUGUAGUGACUGAUUCUCUCAACCUCCCAGCAAUCUCGAUGUGGUUCUUAUUGAACCCUCCUGCCAAAGCUACUUUUCAUAUACAGAGCAUAGACAGAUUUGAAUGGUUAUCUUCCGUCUUCAAUCCAACGAUAAUGCAGCAAAAUUCACACGAUCCAAGAUAUGCUUCUGCUUUGAACCAUCUUCGAUUCUAUCUACCAGACAUCUUCCCUCAGCUGAAUAAAAUUGUAUUGUUUGAUCAUGAUGUGGUAAUACAAAGGGACCUAUCCAAACUGUGGAGUCUUAACAUGCACGGGAAAGUAAAUGGCGCAGUUGAGACUUGCCGGAAGGAUGAUAUUUCAUUUCUCCAGAUGGAUACUUUCAUCAAUUUUUCAGAUCCGUAUGUGAUAAAGAGGUUUGACGCGAACGCAUGCACAUGGGCAUUUGGAAUGAAUUUGUUUGAUCUGAAAGAGUGGAGGCGGCAAAAGUUAACUGCUCAAUACCAUAAAUACUUGCAAGAGGGUUACAAAAGGCCAUUGUGGAAGGCUGGGAGCUUACCGUUGGGUUGGGCAACAUUUUAUAAUCAAACGGUUGCUAUGGACCGGAGAUGGCAUAGACUAGGCCUUGGUUACGAGUCGAAGAUUGGAGCGAAUGAGAUUAACCAAGCAGCGGUGUUACACUAUGAUGGAAUCAUGAAACCAUGGUUAGAUAUCGGUAUUGGGAAUUAUAAAGGUUACUGGAGCAAACAUGUCAACUAUGACAAUUCACUCUUGCAGCAAUGCAAUAUCCAUGCGUGAUUCGGUUACGACAUUAUUCAUUGGUUCUUUCUAUAGGGAAAUUUUACGUGUUUACUUGAUUCUUUAACAAGUUUACUUGUAAAUUUCAGCUCUUUUUUUUCCUUAGUAGCAAAAGUCAAGCUAUACCGAGAACUGAAGUGAAAUAAGGGGUCUCAUGGGCAUUGUUGUGCUUGUAGCUACUUUACUGUACAUACCUCAGUUCAGGCAUUCGAUUUAGGUUCCAACACUUACGUUUGAAAACAAGAUUCAUGAGUAGAAUAUAUUGCCUCCUUUACAAUUA